UGCUUUACUCGCGUUGAACGGACGGCAUGGAGUGAGACCUGUCGACUCUGCAGAUUUGAGUAGGAACGUCAGGACUCAGACAACAGAGAUGUGGUGGGUGCUGUGGGGGCUUGGCGCUUUGCUGGCUCUCUUCUGCAGUCUGGAUGUGUGGUACUUCCUGCGGGCAGCAGUGGUGAUCCUCCGGGCCUGGUUCCAGCCUCCCAUCUGGGAUGUUACAGCAGAGCAGGUCUUAACAGGCCGGGUCACUCCCCAUGACAUCGAUAUGUGUCACAUGAACAAUGCUCGUUACCUCCGGGAGUGUGACUUUGCCCGCUUCUCUCUCUACACGCGUAACGGUGUGUUCAAGGCCUUGCGAGCCCUCGGAGCUUCAAUGGUAGUGGGGGCCACCACCAUUCGUUACCGAAGAGCUCUGUGUAUAGGUGAGGGGUACGAGCUGCGGAGUCGGAUUGUCACUUGGGAUGACAAAGCCUUUUUCCUGGAGCAGAGAUUUGUGUCAACAAAAGACGGGUUGGUGUGUGCUGUCAUGUACUGUAAGCAGAGUGUCAUACGAAGUAGCCCAGACAAGAUCAUGCAGCACCUGUGUAAAAGGAAGGUGGAGUGCCCUGAGUUUCCAGAGGACCUUCAGCACUGGCUCAACUUCAUUUCUGCCAGCAGCCAGGCCCUCAGGGCAGAGAGUGGACUAGAGGAGAAGAACAAAUAAGGCAUUGCAUGGGCAGCUAUUAAGACUGGCUUUUUGUGAGCCAGCUAAUAUACCAGCCCAAGUUUCAAAGUAUCCUUAGAAAUAUGGUUGUCUUCUGUUGGCUGUUGACAUCCAAUCCGUUUGACUUGAACUUGCUUGUGCCUACUUUAUUCUUUUGGUACUGAGAGCUUAGACCUCAAUACUUCAGUGAAACAGCAGAAAAAAAAACAACAUACGUCAUUGUUUUUAGAGGCUGCAAAUAGCAAUGAAUAAUCCUUUCUUACAUACUAAUAGAAAAGUGUAUACAAAGUGUAUGUUCACAUAUCACAGAAGCACUAAAACAAACAAAUUUUUGAACUCCUAUUGAUGUACUUUUAUGUCUUCACUAUGCAUUUAGGUGCACGUGUGCAGAGAGCCUCACAUAUUUUCAAUGAAAGUCAAGACAGGAGAUCAAUGAUAGUGGUUACA